CAGGUCUCAAGCUACCAGUGAACAAAGCAACAACAAAGUAACAACGAUGUGUUUUGCUGAGUUUAGGCGAUUUUGAACCAAAAGGAAACAGCCUUCAGGAAUGAAGGAAGCAAGGAAAGUGAGGAAGAAGAGAGUGGAAAGCAUUGGAGGAUCUGCACCUCUCUUUUGGUGAACAGAGAGAACAGAGGAUAAAGAAGAGGAAAGAAAGAGGUAGAGAGAGGUAGAGACAGAGGAGGGGAGCCAAGGGAAUACAGCGUCACACUCAACCCAGAAAAGCUCUGGCAGAGGAAGCCGUUUUAUUUUGGAGGCUCGCUCAGCAUACUGUGGGCCCAGCGGAGCUCGCGCCGUACCCCACUGUUUGCUCUCGUGCCGGUAGAUAGUGUAAAGCUUCAGGACAAGAAAAGCGCGAGCACUGACUGUGGUGCUGGCCAGGCACGCACCGGCCCACUACACGCGGAAUUUUGCAGCACAGGCGGAGGGGGGGUGGGCGCGCGCACGCGGUGCGUUUUAGGGUAAAGUAUCACCGCGAGCCCCAGACCGAGCAGUCCCCGCCAGCUUGUGUGUUGUAGGUAGGCUUGAUUGUUGGAGAUUUAUGGCGGAGUCAUUUCAAGAUUUAUGGCUUUUCCCACACCGGGCACGCAAACGCUUAGCGUCUCCUUUACGUUGUGUUUAGUAGGCGUUCUAUUAGACACACCAGUAUUAUAACUGCACGUAGCGCGCGCUUUAAACGGCGGGUUUAAUUGGCAUAAAUGUUGUUUUAGUGCUAUUCUGGACUCCAGUACACGUCAGAAAAAAACCAAACUGUCGACUGCGCGUAAUUACGCAGCAGUCGCAAUCAGGGAAAAAAAUACGUCCAAGGUUUUCCAAGACGGGAUUCUCUGGUUUUCUUUACUCCAGCCGUUGUGUCCGUCCGUGUCCAAAACAGACUGCAUCCAGAGGAAAAAAACACAACACCAGCAGGAGAUCCAGGAGGAGAGACACGCCGAGAGAGCGCAGUUCUUAGGAGCUUUCUGGAAGCCGUUUUCUUCCACCGACGCAUCGGGAAAUAAGCGGAAAUCUUUCGGUCAGAUUGCAGGGGACCGUUGGAGAGACACCGUCACGUGACCCCCGGUACCAAAUGGUCUUCCGGCAGUGGCUCUCAAUAAGGACCGGAGCACAAGACGCCGCCACUUCUCUCAGAAAUGCAGAAGACAACAUACUACGACAACUCCUCGACGCUUUUCGGUGGCUACUCGUCCUACCAGGUGCAGGGGGCGGCAGCGGCAGCAGCUGCCAACGGCUUUGGGGGCUACGAUGCCCCGGUCCCAGUGUCCCACCACCAGCCGGCCUUCCAGUCGGCGACCCAUCUGGAUGUGGAUUCGUACCAGCGCUCUGCCUGCUCAUUACAGUCGCUGGGCAGUAAUAGCAGCCACCAGCAGCAGCAGCAGCUAGCCAAGACCAAGGAGCUGAAUGGCAGCUGCAUGCGGCCCAGCCUGCCGCCUGAGCACCACCCUGGCUCGCAGGUGUCCCCUCCACUGCCCCCCAACCCCAGCAACGGUAAUAGCGGGGCUCAGCAGCCGGGUGGCAGUGCUGGGGCCUCCUCAGUCUCUAAAUCAGGCCCCAAUAAGUCGUCUAAUUCUUCCUCCUCCAUAUCGUCCUCCACAUCGUCCUCCUCCUCCUCGCUGCCCCCCAACCCGACCUUGGCCAAGCAGAUCUUUCCCUGGAUGAAAGAGUGUCGGCAGACGACCAAGCAGAAAAACUGUUCACCCAGCAACAACUCUGGCAAUGUGUCAGGAGGAGCAGAGAGUGGUAGCAGCGGGGAGAAGAGUCCUACCAGCGGGUCGUCGGCGUCAUCCAAGCGGGCUCGCACGGCGUACACCAGCGCCCAGCUAGUUGAGCUGGAGAAGGAGUUCCACUUCAACCGUUACCUGUGCCGGCCGCGCCGCGUGGAGAUGGCCAACCUGCUCAACCUGUCCGAGCGGCAGAUCAAGAUCUGGUUCCAGAACCGACGCAUGAAGUACAAGAAGGACCAGAAGUCCAAGGGCCUGAGCUCCAGCUCUGGAGGGCCCUCACCGACUGGCUCCCCACCCCUGACCAUGCAGUCCUCCUCCAGCUUCCUCAACUCAAUGCACCCCAUGGGAGGGGGGGCAGGUUACGACGUCCCAUCUCCGCCAUCCUUUGGCAAGCCCCACCAGGGAGUGUCUUACUCCAUGUCCACUGCCUACUCCAAUGUCCCAAUGAAGGGCUGUCCCCCCCAGCAGAAGUAUGGCACCCCAGACCAGGACUACGGUGACCCCCAUCCCCACCACAGCCUAGUGCAGGCCAACAGCGCUGGCUAUGGGACUCCAACCAACAUGCAGGCCAGUCCAGUCUACGUGGGGGGUGGCAGCUAUGUGGAACCCAUGCCUGGCUCAGGGCCCUCCAUGUAUGGGCUAAACCACCUCGGCCCCACGCCUCCCCACCACCAAACCAUGGACUACAAUGGCACGGGGCCCAUGUCGGCCGCCAACCAGCACCAUGUGGGUGGAGGGGGCCCUCCGGGUCCCUGUGACCCACCCACACACCCAACGUACACCGAGCUGUCAGCGCACCACACCUCGACUCAGGGCAGAAUCCAGGAAGCACCCAAGCUCACUCACCUGUAGCAGGUUUGGAACAAAAUGACAACGUAGGAACUAGUGAAUAUGACACAGAACAAGUAACACGACGUGACUCACUAACAGACUAACUAACAUGUGGAGACUCUACUGCUGCAACGGGACGGCAGGAGAGACAGAACGAGACAGACAGGAGCCAUCCAGUGGUUUGUCCUGUGCUCUGUAGCCACAUCAGUGUUUGGCGAUGCCUAGCCCCACCCUGUUUUCACUGCCUUAAUCAAUAGCUCUUCAAGUUUGAUUAGGACUGGAGCUUUUACUGUUACCUUAAAAAUGCAGAUAAUUUGAUUUACAAGAGGCGAAGCCUGUGCCUAUUAUCAAGGCGCAGUUAUGGACCCAAACCAUUCAUGUUGCCAAAAGUCAGUCAAUAAAAGGUACAUCUCUGCCCUGCAAAAGUACUGACAUCAAUGGUAGUUGCCAAAACCUUUCCAAGGAUUUUUUGAGAUAGGACCAAACUUACUGACUUUCUACUACUGAAACCUUCCAUCCUCAUACAGGAACAAAAGGAAACCAAAAUGUUUAAACCAUUUAACAGUGCAUUAUCAGUUUGUUAACUGCCCCCCAAAAAAUAGUUAGUUAAACUUACACGUUCAGAACAUCUUAUUAUUGUCAAACACAUUAUCAGUGAUUUAUUUUUCAUUUUAUCCAUGUUUACACAUGUUACCAUGAACCUUUUUAAAGACAUGUACCCUCUACUCUGAGUGUAUUUCUUGGUCCCAGGGCAGUGAAGCAUAUUGUAAGCGUGGGAGCUGAGGUGUACUGUCAAUUGUCUCCCACGUCCCCCCAGGGACAGUGAAGCUCAUCUUGUGGCACUGGUGCAGAGACAUAUUGGCAGCUGUAUGGCAUAACAGGAUCUAUGGUGCGCACCAUUGUUUAGUCAGUAUUCAGUAGACUGAUAUUCUACACAGUCAAUCUGAUGACUGGAAUAUGGACUAUUGUGUUCAAACACAGCUGAUGUCUGAAGAUGAGAUGUCAGGUUUGAUUAAACGUUUUUAUCAAAAACCAAAAAAAAAAAAAGUUUAAAAUGAAA